GUUGUUUUGGGGCAAUGCAGUCUGCCGAGGCGUCUUCGUCUGCUGCUGGCGCUUCAGCCUCAGUCUCGGCUGCUGCUGCUGCUGCUGCUCCGAUGGCCGCGGUGCCCUUCCGACCGUCCGUCCCGCUCUCGGCACUCGUCGAGAUGCUCCUCCAGAAGGCGCACGGCGAGCUCAUGAAGCUCAGUGAACUGUUGCCGCAGUUCCCAGACAAGCAACGCAAGAUGGCAAUCAUUGAUUACGUCCAGCGGACGCGUGGCAUGUUUGUGCGACUGCUCGUCGUCGUCAAGUGGGCUUCCAAGGCAGCCGAAACGAAGUCUGUCUGGGAGUUGAUGCGAUUCAUCGACAGUCAAACAGCUUGUUUCACGGUUGCCGCCGAUGCGCUGUACUGGACGCAUCGUAAUUUGGGGCAUGCGCGAACGCCCGCUUUUGCGCUUUCGACAGCAAUCGAUGUACUUUCCACCGGGUCAUAUACUCGCAUGCCGAAAGCGAUUUCGGAUAUCGUGCCGCCAAUCACGGUGAAUAGAAAGGACAUUCGGCGUGUGUACCAACAGCUGAACGAUGUUGUCCGCAUUCUGCUGGUCGACUCGUUCGUGCCAGACGGUUUUAGCCAAGUUCUGGUCAACGACGGUCGUGUUUGGCUGGAAGUCCCUUACGAAUUCAAGAUUGCAUUGACCAUCGAUGGUGAAAACGAAAAGAGCUUGUUCUGGCGCAUCCUCUCCAUUGAGCUGCUUGUGCCUUCGCCGCGUCAGAAGAGCGAAACGCGAGAUAAUCCUGCUGACCAAUUCGACUUGAUAUCACCGCGGCAACUGGCCGGGCUGCUUGAACUCGUCCAGGGCCGACUAUUCUUGCACAGAAACCGAAAGCCCCUGCAGGAGGUGUAUGACAUGCUCCACGCCUUCGCCCAAUCCUUGCGACUCGUCUCACUACACCAACAGGCGCAUCGUCUUGAAGUUUCAACCUGGUACAACCAUGUUGCGUUGGCGUUUGAACCCGAAAAGUCUCUUGCUCUGACAUUCUGGAAGUCACAACGCCCGCUCGCGCAAUUCGAAGUUGCUCACGGUCAAGGUGGAGCAGCAGCUCAUCGCGCCGGCGGUGCCGUGCAGCCUAGUGCGGUCUACCUCCCUCCACUAGUGACCGAACACAGCCUGACUGUUCUGCUCCCUUCCGACAAAACCGGCAAGCUGCGCUGUCGGCACGCUCCUCCCUUAAUCCACCCGCGCACCGAAGAGGCUAUUCAUGAGACCGACCUGCCCAUGUAUCAUCUCAACGUUGAGCGGCUAUUCCAAGUUGCCCAAUUCUACCACAAACACGCCAAGCUGCUUGCCAUGUGCCAUCGCUUGCGCCGCAUUCAACUUUCAGAGUUUAUUUAUUCCGAAGAUGUCACUGAAAUUCGAGAAUCAUCGCUGGAGCAAGUCGACAAAAUUGACGAAUUGGCACCGUUGUCUGCCCUCCUGGUUCGCUACUACAGUGGUAGCUACUUUUCUUUGCUGGUUGACUCGCGAACGGGCCGCUACCUGCUGCGAGAGGCCAGUCAGCAGCAGCAACAACAGCACUCAACCUUACUCCCAACUCGCUCCGCCACCUCGCCGCAGGCAAACUCCGUCGGGGCCAAUUUAUUUGCUGCAGUGAACAGCAAGCGCUUUCAGCAGCAGAUCGCCGUCUUGGAGCGCGAGCUCAACAACAGCCAAAUCUCGAUUGGUGAUGUGCUGAGCGCCAUGCGGCAGAUUGCCAUUCUCGCCCGCUGCGAGCACGACGCCCGAAGACUCGGCUUUGAGCCGCUGACACACCUUCCACUUUCACCGCACGAUUUGCUCGCGACACUGAGCAAGAAUCGCUUGUUCCUCAAACUGCCCCACCACACCCAUCACUUUGUUGUGGUCGACGUUGGUGAGGACUUUUCCGAGCGCCUGCACCUGCUCCGCGUCAUGCAAGAUUCUGCACCGUGGAUGACGAGCGACGACGUCUCCUAUUCGUCGCGCGCGGGUGCAACGAGCGGGGCCUCUGGGUCGAACAACUCGCUCAAACCCGUCGAGCUCGUGUACAAGGCACACGACAUUGCUGCAGUCGACCAGGCCAUCAUGGAAAUUGUGACGCAAAGUGCCGCCAGUGCGCAGUUUGCAGACAUUGUGGGCCGGAAGGCAGCAUCGCGGUCGCAAAACAAGCGCCGUGCAACAGACCCGCUGCAGCAGGCUGUCAAGCGCGAGCGCACGCUUCUUGUCGAGCAGAGUGGUGCCCAGUCUUCUGAGCGCCCCAUUCUUUCACAACAGGGCGUGAGCGGGUCGUGGCAACAUGCCACGCUGUUUGCGCGUCGGCUGUUUACGUCACGUCUCGAGUUCUGCAGAGUGUACCUGCCGUUGCUGACGCUCAUGGACUCGUUCCAACAUGCUGGUAUCACGACACGAAUUGUGAACGACCACAACGCGACUCACGCGCCGCUGGUGGUUUGGGUCGCGCCUGCGCUGGCAGAAGACUUUUUGGCUGCAACAGCCGCGAGGAGCUCGACCUCGAGCAGUGGUCUGCCAGCAUCCAUGACACUGCAGUCUCCAUCGCUGCGCCCCGUCACGUUGUCACUACAUUUGAGCAUUCUUGUGCUCCCAUCCCUCGAACCCGCGCCCAGCACUGCGUUCCAGCAGCGACCGACCUCUGGUGCUGGAGCGGCUGGUGGACACCCAACUGGCGUGGCAGCGACCGGUUCCGGUGUAUUGGCUUUGGGAACUUCAGCACUCGGGUCUGCUGCUGCUGCUGCUGCUGCCGCUGCUGCUGCUGCAGGCGUAGGCGCAAGUUCGACCCCUGCGACUGCCACCAGACUGGCCGCGUCGUUGUUUUCUCGCGAUCACAUGUCCCUCAGCAACCUGUCGUCCUGCAUCCGCUCGGGCCUUAUUUCUCUCGAUGCAGGGGGUGACGCAUGGCGCGUUGUGAUGCUUCUGCACGAAGACGCGUCCUAUCUGCUCGGGCGCGGCUGCUUUGAACUCAACCAGUCCUCGAACGUGCAGUCCGGGAUGCCGUGCUUCUUGCAACGGUCUUCAAGCAGCAGCUCCGACGGCGGGAACGAGUGCCUUUCGUUCGUCUUCCCAAGCUUCAGCUCGGCAGGACACCGAUUUUUGCAAGAGUGGAGAGCGGCGUGCAUCAUGCUCCGCUUGGCGCUUCCGCUCCGCCUGCUGUUGGACACAACCGCGAGUGGACUUGAUUCCGAGCCCAAUGGAGCGGCCAACGACGCAUCCACCAACGAGGAGGCCCUUUCAGCCAUCGUUCGGCGAACUGGCAGCGUGCUUCUUCCCAACUGCGCGUCCAAGGGCGCCCCAGCUCUUUGGGCCGCAUCGUUCUUUGGCGGGUUUUUCGUGGUUUCGUCCUUUGACAUGCGUACGCUGGUGAUUUCCUACGGACGCGUGGUGAACGAGGUCACCCACUCGUUGUUUGCAAGCAUUCGCUUUGAUUCGCAAACGUUGCGUUACGUUGUGACUUUUGGCACGAGCGGGUCGGACGGGGCUGCCGACAAUCCACACUCGUUGAUUGCACCCUUCCUCGAAAGCGAUUUGAACGGGCAUUUCGAUCUGACCUUGUUGUUGAAGAAUCUGUUCAUCACUUUCGCACCGCUGCAAGCACUGCUGGCUCAUACCUCCGCUCCACCGUCAAUCAGCUGCAUUGGCCAGCUCCGGUCAACUACGCCUCUCAUUGUUCUGCCUCAUGCCAUCGAUUCCGUUGCUCUGGUUCUGUGGGGCGUCUUCUCCGUUGUGCUGUACAUUCUUCCGAACGGCUUUGUUGCACUUCACGAUGGCGCAGAUAAAGUACCACCAGCUCAACGAUUGACAGACAACGGAGUUGUGCCAUUCCCACAAUUGCGUGCCUUCCACGCGCGCAUCACAAGUCGCGUGGAAUCCGUGUAUCAAGCAUCGAAUUCCACGGCAGGACAGUCUCAGAACGGUGCAUCGCGCGUUGCCGAGUUGUUCUACCGCGGCCUGCCGCCCCUGUCCGUUUCGGAUCACUCUCCGGGUACACCGCCGGUCGCCUUCCGCGGGGACGUUCUUCCGCUUGUAAUCGAGGCUUUAUUGGAAGAUUCUCUGCCUGCAGUGAGCCUGCGACAGGCUUUUAUUCUUGCCUCUCGUGAUCAGAUUGUGAGCAAAUCCGGAAACCUAUCCUGCCCGUCGCCGUUCAGUGCGUUGACACUUGUCACCAAAACGCAAGAAACGUGGUCGUUGGAACACUUGGGCAACGCGCUUUCCUUGCAACUGGCUUCGAAAACGGGAGUCACCGAGGCAGAAAAUCAACUUCUGCGCCGCUAUUUACUCCACUACUCUUCAAAGUGGCUUCGACGCCCACACGCCUUUGUUGCCAUGCUCAGGCUUGCUCAAGUUCCCGAUACUGUUCGCACCCAGUUCUUCAAGUUGCUUUCCUGCCAACUGGACCAGGACCAAUCCAAGCCGCUUCGACUUGAAAUUUGCUGGUGUGUGCCGCCGUCGCUCGAGUGGGCCACGCACCUUCCUGCCACUGGCCAGCCUGUCAUUUUUGUCGCUCCUGCGUACUUUCGCUUCGUCGUCCGUUUGAUUGAUCGCAAGGACGAGUCUUCGUUCGUGGAUGUUCCAAUCACACACGACGUGUACGCUGGCGACACUCGAGGAUGGGAAUUCGACUCGACUCCUGUGAUUGGUCGCGGGUCGGCGGCAGGCCAAACAGCUCCUCCGACCAACGAGGCGUCUACCAACGCAAGUCCCGCGGAAGCAAUGCGCGUCGAUGGUUCGGAAGGUGCCGCAGGCGGAUUGCAGAUGCUCUUCUCGUCGUCCUCCUCGGCGCAUCUCUCCACGACCACAACCACUGGUGCAUCGCGUGCGCUGCUUCGCCUCAUGGUCCCGGAGAAUGUGGAUUUGACGACAGACACUUCUCAAAACUGCCCAACGCUGUUUGAAGCUGUCUCCUCGUUGCUCGACAAGUCCAUUGCUGAGCUGGUUUGAGCACGUUGCGUUGUUGUAUUCCCCCCCCCCACCUCCUUGCCCCUUUGUACUUUUACCAACCAAUAUACCUCGAUCCAAAUGUGAAAACCCC